CGAGUAGAAUGGCGUUUGACAAACAAAGCAGCUCAUAAAAGGCUAGAGAGAGAGAGAGAGAGAGAGAGGGGCAGGGGAUGGAUGUGAGGAAAAUAGUGGUAGUCGUGGAAGACGUGGACGCAGCAAGAACUGCCCUCCAAUGGGCUCUCCACAACCUCCUUCGCUACGGCGACUUAGUCACUCUCCUCCAUGUCUUUCCCUCCGCAAGAUCCAAAAACAAAAAGAAAGCUCGCCUCCUCCGCCUCAAAGGCUUCCAAUUGGCCCUCUCCUUCAAAGACGUCAUCUGCAACAACUUCCCCAACACAAAGGUUGAGAUCGUUGUGACCGAGGGUGAUCAAGAAGGUAGGAAGAUUUCAGCCAUGGUGCGAGAGAUCGGAGCUUCGGCGCUUGUGGUUGGACUCCAUGACCAAAGCUUUCUUUACAAGCUGGCAAUGGCCCACGACAACUUGAAUUGCAGAGUGCUUGGCGUGAAACAACCAGCUUCAUCACCGGUUAGGACGAAGACCAAUGUGGUAGCAGCAUUAGACAGUCCAACUAACAUGGACUUUUCGCAGAUCGAGAUUGCCAGAUUACAUGUCCCCGAUAUUUCUCCACCCAAAAUUCCAUACCAAAUUUGCCCAACCCCUUCAGCAAUUAUUUGGAGGUCAAGGAAGUCAAGGAGAAGGUAAAGUUUCUGGAAGGGCAGCCUCAAAUUUUAUCUCAAAGGCUAAGGUUCAGCGGAUUUAGCCCACUUUCCUUGAGAGAAAUUUAACUUUUUCUUUUCUUUUUAACUUUAUUCUCAAUAUACGACACAGUAAAUACAGAUGAAAAGUGGAUUUGACAUCAUCUACUUAUUUUUAGAUUCGUCA